AUGGUCCGUACUCCUGUACGGGAGCUGAGCAGCUACCUGCUCGCCGGCCAGCUGUACCAUCACGGCUGUCUGCGCCUUCGGCUUCGUCCUCACUCACGCCUCCUCCUUCCGAACUCCCCUGCAGCCCGAGCCACACAUAUCGCACCCAGCCGGUCAAUCUCCUGGUAUCCCCCUCGCCGCCUCGCUCAGCAACCGUCAUCCGCAGCCGCGGCCUCGCAAGAUGAAUCCACACCUGCUGCCAGCCCGGCUGCCGACGACCUUCGCCCAUCCCCUCCUCCCGACAGCAAAGCCCCCCUCCGCAAGAAGCUAAAGAAGAUCGGAAAGGCCCUCAAGACCUCUGGCCACAAGAAGCCUUCCAACUCCUCCCGUCAAAUUGUCCCUGGAUGGGAGCUCACCGUCGGCAUAGAGAUCCACGCCCAGCUCAACGCCCACCAUAAGCUCUUCUCGCCCGCCAGCCCGCCUCUGCCAUCCGACGAGCCCAACACCCAUGUUGCCCUGUUCGAUCUUGCCAUGCCUGGCUCCCAGCCAGUCUUUCAGCCAGACGCCCUUGUUCCCGCCCUGCGAGCUGCUCUUGCCCUAAACUGUGACAUACAGCCCGUCAGCAGAUGGGAUCGCAAGCAUUACUUCUGGUGGGACCAACCCAGUGGCUAUCAGAUCACCCAAUACUACGAGCCAUUCGCCAAGGAUGGACACAUCACGCUGUACGAGAGAGACGGGAUCGCCAAGGAGGAUGGCGAGGAAGUGCGUAUAGGCAUUAGGCAGGUCCAGAUGGAGCAGGACACGGCCAAGACAGUCGCCCGUCCCGACGGCGUCCAGUGGGUCGACUUCAACCGGGUCGGCGUACCACUGAUCGAGAUCAUCACAGAUCCCGAUAUACACCACCCAAAGACAGCCGCCGCACUGAUUAGGAAGGUCCAGAUGUAUCUCAACGCCGUCGACUCCUGUGUCAGCGGCAUGGAAGCUGGUGGCCUGAGAGCCGAUGUCAACGUCAGUGUCAGGCGCAAGAACCAUCCGCACUUCGAGUCCAUGCCACUGGGUCAGAGGACCGAGAUCAAGAAUCUCAGCAGCUUCAAGGCCGUCGAGGACGCCAUAAUCGCCGAGCGCGAUCGCCAGAUCUCUGUGAUCAAGGACGGCGGCAUCAUUGCCGGUGAGACACGUAGUUGGUCCAUCGGUGGCACUGAGACAACACGCCUCCGUGGGAAGGAAGGUGAGGUCGACUACCGCUACAUGCCAGACCCAGAUCUGCCACCAAUCACCAUCAGCGAACAAGUCAUCUCCCAUCUCGGUGAGAACCUAGGCAUGCUGCCUGAUGCCGAGGUUGACGAGCUUGUCAGCCAAUACGGCCUCAAAACGAAAGAUGCGCUGGCGUUGAUGCAGUUCGACGACGGCCACCGGCUUGAGUACUACUACAACGUCGUCCAGCGCCUGCAGGACCGCCUCGGUGAUCAAUGGGACACGUGCUGCGCCGUAUUAGCCGGCAAUUGGGUUCUCCACGAGCUAGGCCGCCUCACGUCGGAGCGUAAUGCCUCGGCUGAUGGCACGGUCCAGACCCUCGACAUGUCGCCCGCCGGCGAAAGCACCCGCGUGCCAGCACAGCACCUCGCCGAUAUCGUUUACUACUUCCACACCAUGCGUGUGACAGCGCGCGUCGCCAAAGAACUUCUCUUCGCCGUCUAUCGAGGGGACCUCAGUCGCACGUCGCCCGAGGGCUACGCUAGCGUUGAGGAGGCGAUUGAGAAGGAGAACCUCUGGUUCAACUCGCUGUCCCGCGAUGAGUACAGGGGACUGGCCGCCGAGACUGUGAGAAAGGAAAAGAAUGUGCUGAAGAUCUUGAUCCAACACUAUUCAACGGGGGCUGAUUUCCCCACGGGCCAACUGAUGUUCCUUGUCGGUAGGAUGAUGAAGACCGGCCCCGCAGAACGCAUAGAUCCUCAAGUCGCCCGGGAGGUGUUGGCAGAGGUGCUCGAGGAUGUCUGCAAGUUCACUCCACUCAGUGGCCGGUGA